GAUUGCUGGGUUAUGAAUGUUGUUCUUGUUAGUGGUUUCAAUACAUUGCCUGUUAUUUAUGACUGUGGGCUCGUAGGAGUUAUGCAUGACAGGUGUGAGCCAUUUGAUACUUAUCCAAGAACAUAUGACCUGUUGAACACAGUGGGACUCUUCUCUAUAGAGGAAAAAAGAGUGUUGUGGGAAUUAUACUUGGAGGGGUGGAGCUGGUACUCACCUUUUUACCCUCUUACAAAGAAGAGAGCAAAACCAGCUGUUCCUUUAGGAGCAAAUUAUCACCUGAUUUGGCUUCCAUAGUUUGAUGCAGGCAUCCGGACCAAUGAAGAUGACAGAUUCUAUGCUACAUCAACUGGGUUCAGUGAAUUUAGCAGCAAGGACAAGACAUUAAAUUAAAUCAAAACUCAUGGGGUUUGUCUUAAUGUUUUUCCUGUUAUUUUUUGGCGAAUGUUAAAACAUGAUUUAUGGAUAUGUUAUUUUGUAGUUAAUCGUAAUUGUAUAUUAAAUUGAAUGGGAAAGUGAAUUAAUGUUGUAUUUGACAAAUGUUCAUUUGAAUGGGAACGGGAAUUAUUGAUUCA